UUGACCGUGGGGGUGUUACGAUAUCUAAAUUUGAGAAGAAGGCCUUCGAUGCUAUACGGAGUCGAAGGUUUCCGCUGCGUCGUUUCUUCUGUCUCUGAUGCAGUGUUAUCGGCCUCUGUUAUCGUCGUGCACACGUGUCGAUAUAGACGCGCGCGUUGGCCGCGGCAGCGGGUGCAUUCACCGACACAUGCGCACAACCGGUCGAACGAAACUCUUCAUAAACCGGCGGGAAUACGUUGCCCGUGACUCAGUGUACACGAUGCCACGGCUCGACCGCGAUAGACCACGCACCACGUAUACACGGCCUUCUUUUUCCACGUUUAUCCACGCUCGUGUUACCGCCGCGACCGUUUUUCGUCGUCGCGUUUUCUUGACACGUCGCGUGUGACGUCUCGUCACCUCCGUCACGGUCCCGCGAGCUUCAAGCGGGAACGGUGUAUUGUUCCGACAAAGAGGCGCGACAUCGAUGCAUCGGUACAACAGCCCGCGAACAUCCUCCCUCUACCGUGCCAGACGUCAAUUUUCAUCCGAUAAACUGCUGGCAAACAAUGGAACAGCAACACGUGAACUGUCCUUGAAGGAAUGACCGUGCAUUUGGCGCUGGAAGAGGAUCGACAAAGGAUCGACGUGGACCGUCCGUUCGGCGUGCGCGAUAGGACUGUAUUAUUGUGGUGUACAAAAGAACUGGCAGUAAAGGAGAAGCGAUCGCUCCGUGUAAAUAUAGAAUUUGAUCAUGCAACAUUGGUACGUUGGUCUCCUGAUGGCAAGGCUUUCAUCAUACAUAAAGGUGUGGCAAACAAUAUUGAAGUAUACAAGGUUUCCAAGAAAUCGGAUGGUACUCUGGCUUCGGCAACAAAGGCUCUAGAAUUUCCAAAACGGCAUACUGAAGAUGUAGUCGGCAUGGACAUUGCAAGUACAGGAAAGUAUAUUAUCACGUGCAGCAAAGCAAACGAUCUUGUAAUAUGGGAUCUUAAGGGCCAGAUUCUUGCAACUAUAGAACUGUAUCUAGGAUCUAUUUAUCGAGCACGUGUGUCACCCUGUGGUCGCUUCGUUGGCGCUUCUGGGUUUACGCCAGACGUAAAUAUAUUUGAAGUAGUAUUCACGAAAUCAGGAGAUUUUAAGCAAGUAGCCAAGGCUUUCGACCUCGCAGGCCAUUCAUCUGGAAUACUUGACUUCAAUUUUAGUGCCGACAGUAGCCAUAUGACUACUGUAUCGAAAGAUGGAACUUAUCGUUUAUACAAUACUAAAAUUGAAUAUAUGAAAGGAGAGGAUCCACACGUACUUUUAACCGGAACAUGGGACACUGCAGCGACAGCAAGACUCGCUCUAUCUCCUAAUACCGAAGUUUUGGCAAUAGCUCAUGGAUCCUCGUUAAGUUUUUACUCUACGAUCGACGGUUCAUUAGAUAAUACUAUAGAAGAUAUUUUUUUGGGUCCCAUCACGUGUCUAGCUUUUGAUGCCUUAGGAGAAUACGUUUUGGUCGCCGGAGAUAAACACAUAAAAGUCUUCCACAAUGUUACCGGUUAUCGUGUGGCGAUUGAGUCCGCUAAACGUAAACUCACGCAAAAGCAAACAUCGGCGACGAAGGAACGCUUAGAGAAACUAAUCGUCGACAACAGAAAGUUUCUUCAAGCAAUGGGAGAGUCAUGUUCUUAGUGAAUGAAUCAUGACGUUUCCCAUUUUUACGACGAAUGAUUUAUGCGAUUCGGAUUGCAUUUAAAGAAACAUUCUUCCUCGCUCAAAGAAAGAUUGUUUGUAACAUAUAAUUUUUUAAUGUACUUGAAUAAAGGGGUUCAUACGA